UUGGCUACUUCAGGUCCCCGAGGCGAAACUGGCUAUCCCGGUCGCGACGGCCGCGAUUUCCAAGGCUUGUCCGAUCGCGAUAUCGAACUGAUCGUCAGGCAUCCAUUGCUGAAAGGACAAAAAGGCGAAUGUGUCCAGUCCACGACCACGGUCUUCCAACCGGUGGCAGACGACGUGCGUACCCUUUACGAAAGGGAACGUCCCAGUGCAAAAGGCGAAAAGGGCGAUCGAGGCAUGCCAGGACCACCAGGGCCUCCCGCGAUCGUCCGAGUUUAUCCAAGUACUCACGAGCUGUUCUCAUCUCGUGUACUUAUUGGUACGCUGGCAUUUGCCACCGCCACUCAACAGCUCUAUAUUAAAGUGAACAACGGUUGGAAGGAAGUUAUGUUGGGUGCCUUCUAUCCGAUACUAGAGCAACGUCAAUCAGUGCCGAUAGUUUCUGAGCCCGACUUGCAGUCGAAUCAUUUGGAAUACUGGGAAACGGCUCGACCGGAAACACGAACAGGUCCGCCAUCGGUUAGACGGGAGCUUCCGGAACCAGCUCGACCUCCGCCUCCACCACCGUAUCCCAUGGAUCAGCAACUUCCACCACCAGCUCCAGCCUAUCCGCAAGAUACUCCAAUACCACCACCACAAUUCCAGCCGAGACCACCACCAGAGUACCUUACAGUAGCGCAUCGAGACAGAAUGAUUCCAUCUGAUCGCAUUAAAUGA